GGGGACACUUUAAAGCGCAAGACGGAGUACAAGGAGUACGUUUCUCUCCUUUCCAGUCUCUUAUAGCGGACUGACCUACAGCUUCAGAUACAAAACUGGUGCCAGAGGAUCUGAAGCAUGAGUCAGCGUUCUCGAGCCUCGAGGGUGCGAGGACAUGUCCACUGUGACUCCUGCUACAGCCGGCGCUGCAGGGCUCGGGUGGAAGCCUCUGUGUGCUGUGCGGUCAUCCCCUGCCGCCUGCUCUGUGGAGCUGUCUUCCACCUGUGCAAAGAAGAGGAUCACCUGCUGCUCUGCCCUAAUGUGAGGGUGCCCUGCCUCAACUCUGAGUACGGCUGCCCGCUCCACCUGCCCCGCUCCUCGCGGGCAGCUCACCUCCAGGUGUGUCCUGCCAGCGUGGUGUCCUGCUCCAUGGAGUGGAACCGCUGGCCUGCCAACGACGCCCAUUCUUAUCCAAACACAGAGCUGCAUGAAAACCUGCUCAAAGAAAGAGAGCAGAGUUUGGACUUCGCCAUGGCCCUGAAAGACCAGGACGUCUUGUUUCACUCCAUGAAGAUGAAGAAAUUGUUCCCAGAGUUGAUCCAGAGUGUGGAGGAGGAGGAGAAAGAAGAAGAGAAGAGGGAGGAGGAGAGGAGGAAGGAGAAGCGGAAGCAGAAGAAGGAGGCAGCAGAGAGGGCAGCUGCAAAGGAGGCCAGUGGUCUUACAUGGGAGUCUAUUAACAUGUUUGACAAGCAUGACCCUGAUGAAAAAGAAGAGGAGGAUGAAGAUGAGGUUGAAUAUGUGCAGGAGCUAACCCAGGAGGAGAGAGAGGCUCUUGCCAGGGACACGGGAGUGAAUGCUGAUCUGUUAGAAAACUACAACGCCUGGGAGCGAAUGUUCACUAUGGAGAUGGGUGGUUGCAGGGAGGCUGGAGUGGCAGGCAGAGGCCGGGGGUCGUCUAAAGGGAGAGGAAAAGAGCUGGGCACUCUGACCGAGGAGGACACAACAGAUACUUGUGUGGGUGCCACGGCAUCAAACACCUGCAAACAGGGGAGCAGUGCAUGCAUCGCCCCCUCCACAUCCUCCUCUUGUCUCACUGAAAAACUGAAGAAGAAAUUUGUGUACGGACACGUGGAGCCGAUGAAGAUCAUCACUGUGCGUACCUUUAAAGCCCCGACCAGCUUCUCUGCCAAGCAGGGCCGCAUUCGCAACCCUGGUUUCUACAAGAGGGAGAGUCGAGCUGUGGAUACCAGCGACCUGGGGCUGGCACCAGAGGAGAUGCCAGUGUGGGAGGAAGUUCAGGCCUCUCUGCUGUGCUCCCUGGAGAAAGAGCAAAGGGGUCACCUGAUUGCAGAGAGCGUAUGCACAGAUGGCCUGUUGCAAGAUGAGGGCACACAGACCUACAGCUUUCUGUCCGCUCCUUUCCGGAGACACACGUCGCUGGCCGACUUGACCGCUGCAAAACCACUGGAGCUGCACCUUCAGCUGCAGGUGGAGAGCGUCACCAGCCGGCACCACAAGGCCAGCUCUGCCUUCACGUUCCUCUGUGGACACGCCUUCCAGCGCAGAGAAUAUGGCAAACAUUAUAGGAACAUCCACAAUGACAUCCAGAUGAGUGUGAAUGGAUGGUUCGAGCAGAGAUGCCCGCUGGCGUACCUGGGGUGCACCUACAGCCAGAGGAGGCUGAAGCCCUCCACACAUGAAGCCACCGUCUCCUACAACGAGGAUUUGGGCUGCUACAGCCUGCGUCCCACCAACCCUGUCUCUCUGGGUGAAGCCUCCCAGUCGUCCAGGAGCUCAGUGGACUCCUCCACUGCUCAGAGGAAGAGAGGAGGUCGGGCAGGAGGAGGGGAGGACUGUCUGAGCUCACUGCCCUACGAGGUGCUGUGCCACAUGGCCAGCUUCCUGGACAGUCUGUCCCUGUCCCAGCUGGCUCUGGUGUCCCAGCUGAUGAGACAGGUGUGCUCCACUCUGCUGCAGGACAGAGGGAUGGUCACCCUCCGCUGGGAGAGGAAGAUCGACAAAAAUGGACGAGCCAAGUGGAGGGUGACACAGAUGGUAUGGCAGUUUAGCACCUUGUUCUCUCCUGUGGACGCUUGGUGCCUCCAAGACAUCCCGUCCAUGUCCGAGCACCUGAAGGUGUGUCCCUGCUAUGAGAGAGAGUCCAAGACAGAGAAGAUUCGCCUGCCGCGAAUCAGAGAAGAAGUCCAAACUAAGGCGAGCUGCAAAGGUCCCACUCUGGUUACCUUGUUCCAGCAGAAGAGGAUCAUGAUGUAGUAAAUGCUGGUUUAAUCUGUUAUUAUGAAACAGGUUACGUGUUGUCUGAUUUUUUCCUCUUCUCUU